CAGUUGAUGUAGAGGAGGAAAGAGAUGUUCAGACAUCCAUUGUUACAGCCGUCUUGUGGCGACCUAUUUUAAAUGUCAACAUGGACUUCGACUACCAGCGCUUAAAAGGUCAGGCUUAUACUUUUAACCGUUUUAUAUUCAGUCAGAACUAUGUAGGAACGAUGAUUUCAUUACUAAAUCAUUUAAUAUCAUUGCUAUUGUUUACCAUUGCUUACAUUUUUGUUGCCUUUGUUAACAAACAAUGUAUAGUUUAGAAAUAUGUUUAAAAAGAUCAUAUCGUUAUCUCACAGACUGUGAGUCCUGGCCAUAGCUCAAUCUAUGAAUUUGAGAGUGGUUACAUUUCCCUAUCCCAAUCAUUCAGCUUUAUACCAAACCAAGUCACGGGUCUGCUGUUGGGCUGAAAGAGUUAGAGAGACAGGUUUGUCUCCGCACCUGAAGAUUGUGUUAGCCCACUAAGCUCAAACCUACAGUUUUUAGCUGUGGGAGCUAAGGCAGGUCUCAGAAAAAGGUUACUCAUCACACAAGAGUAGGUACCUGAUUACCUUGGUUACACUCCACCACUAAGAUACCAACAGCUAAUAGGCAUCAACUGACCAAAUCUGAGUCACAGCAAAAAUGUGACCAACUGGGUUAGAAAAAAAUCUAAAAUUCUGCUUGUUAUAAAAUAGAUUCUUUGUGUGAAUUCUACUAGGUGCAUCCUAUGCACUAAUGUGAGCAUUGCAUUAUCUACAGUAUUACAGUGGGGAAUUUUUUUUAUUUAGUCAGCCACCAAUUGUGCAAGUUCUCCCACUUAAAAAGAUGAGAGAGGCCUGUAAUUUUCAUCAUAGGUACACGUCAACUAUGACAGACAAAAUGAGAAAAAUAAAUCCAGAAAAUCACAUUGUAGGAUUUUUUAUGAAUUUAUUUGCAAAUUAUGGUGGAAAAUAAGUAUUUGGUCAAUAACAAAAGUUUCUCAAUACUUUGUUAUAUACCCUUUGUUGGCAAUGACACAGGUCAAACAUUUUCUGUAAGUCUUCACAAGGUUUUCACACACUGUUGCUGGUAUUUUGGCCCAUUCCUCCAUGCAGAUCUCCUCUAGAGCAGUGAUGUUUUGGGGCUGUCGCUGGGCAAAACAGACUUUCAACUCCCUCCAAAGAUUUUCUAUGGGGUUGAGAUCUGGAGACUGGCUAGGCCACUCCAGGACCUUGAAAUGCUUCUUACGAAGCCACUCCUUCGUUGCCCGGGCGGUGUGUUUGGGAUCAUUGUCAUGCUGAAAGACCCAGCCACGUUUCAUCUUCAAUGCCCUUGCUGAUGGAAGGAGGUUUUCACUCAAAAUCUCACGAUACAUGGCCCCAUUCAUUCUUUCCUUUACACGGAUCAGUCGUCCUGGUCCCUUUGCAGAAAAACAGCCCCAAAGCAUGAUGUUUCCACCCCCAUGCUUCACAGUAGGUAUGGUGUUCUUUGGAUGCAACUCAGCAUUCUUUGUCCUCCAAACACGACGAGUUGAGUUUUUACCAAAAAGUUCUAUUUUGGUUUCAUCUGACCAUAUGACAUUCUCCCAAUCCUCUUCUGGAUCAUCCAAAUGCACUCUAGCAAACUUCAGACGGGCCUGGACAUGUACUGGCUUAAGCAGGGGGACACGUCUGGCACUGCAGGAUUUGAGUCCCUGGCGGCGUAGUGUGUUACUGAUGGUAGGCUUUGUUACUUUGGUCCCAGCUCUCUGCAGGUCAUUCACUAGGUCCCCCCGUGUGGUUCUGGGAUUUUUGCUCACCGUUCUUGUGAUCAUUUUGACCCCAUGGGGUGAGAUCUUGCGUGGAGCCCCAGAUCGAGGGAGAUUAUCAGUGGUCUUGUAUGUCUUCCAUUUCCUAAUAAUUGCUCCCACGGUUGAUUUCUUCAAACCAAGCUGCUUACCUAUUGCAGAUUCAGUCUUCCCAGCCUGGUGCAGGUCUACAAUUUUGUUUCUGGUGUCAUUUGACAGCUCUUUGGUCUUGGCCAUAGUGGAGUUUGGAGUGUGACUGUUUGAGGUUGUGGACAGGUGUCUUUUAUACUGAUAACAAGUUCAAACAGGUGCCAUUAAUACAGGUAACGAGUGGAGGACAGAAGAGCCUCUUAAAGAAGAAGUUACAGGUCUGUGAGAGCCAGAAAUCUUGCUUGUUUGUAGGUGACCAAAUACUUAUUUUCCACCAUAAUUUGCAAAUAAAUAAAUUAAAAAUCCUACAAUGUGAUUUUCUGGAGAAAAAAAAUCUCAAUUUGUCUGUCAUAGUUGACGUGUAACUAUGAUGAAAAUUACAGGCCUCUCUCAUAUUUUUAAGUGGGAGAACUUGCACAAUUGGUGGCUGACUAAAUACUUUUUUUCCCCACUGUAUCUACAAUACCUGAAGUUGAUGCUAAAAGUGAUCUGAAUUGCUUUAUUGUCAGAGAAAGUAUGCACUUUACACCAUUUGAACUUCCAUUAAUUGCUAUGUUUUUUAUGUUGUCUUGUGUCUCAUGUAUUUUACUACAGUGCCUUCAGAAAGUAUUCACACCCCUUGACUUUUUCCACAUUUUGUUGUGUUACAGCCUGAAUUCAAAAUUGAUUAAAUAUUUUUUUUCUACACACAAUACCCCAUUAUGACAAAGUGAAAACAUCAAAAUCCCCAUCAAAAUCUGUCAAUUUAAGAUAGAAAGGGGAGACUCUCACAAACAUGAUGGUGUCUGAAGGUAACCCAUAUAAACAAAUGGAAGUAUGGAGGUAGUUUUGUGCCAACAAAAAUGAGGGGUUAAAUAUGUGUCCAAAAAAACAAAACUAUUUCUUGAGCUUUCUUAUAUCUCCUAGAUAUAGGACAGACACUUCAAAACCUUAUUCCUUAUGAUGUAUUGUCUUUUUUGCCAUUUAUGAAUUUGUUAUUCAAUGCAUUCAAUGGGCUAUAGUAGUAACGGCCAAAUUCAAAUUUUUUAUCAAAUCAUUUUUUUAUAUAUAUUUUUUUAUACCUAAAGGGGGUCCUAAAAUUCAAAAUCAAAUAGCUAAAUGAUCCAUGGUAUGACCAUCUUAAAACAAUUCCAAAUGUUCGCUUAGACUUUUAGAAGUGAAUCCAUUUUAAAUUCAGGCUGUAACACAACAACAUGUGGAAAAAGUCAAGGGGUGUGAAUACUUUCUGAAGGCAGGGUUCACUUGUAAAAUAAAUGUACAUCUCAAUGUGAAUUCUCAUUUUUUUAAACAAAUAUAAUUUAAAAGAUAAUAAUACUUUUUUACAACUUGCUACGGUGUUGAUGUGUAGUAGACCUACAUACUAAAGUGAAAACAAUUAUUAGGUCAUACUGUACUGUUAUUAAGCCCAUAAUAUUUUGUUAGUACAUAAUAUUGUGUUAGUUAAAUGUAAAAAAUACUAUUUCUGUGGCCGUCACUUUUGUGAUGGUUAAUGGUUAGCUUUAUAGAUUAUUUUGUGUUGGUUUGCAGAUGUUGAAAGCCUCAGGCGAGAAGAGCGAAUCAGCUGCCUGCCUAUCCAAACUCAAAAGCCUGUACCACCACACCAUUCUGCUGAAGACCCGCCCACCCGCCAGACUCUUCCAAUCAAACCCAGGCGGAGCUUAAAGGUCCCCAAAACCCCUCGGGAGGAGGUGGCGCUACCAGCCAAACAAACCAAUGGCCAGGAGAAUGAGGUUACAGAAUAAAAAUUUGACAUUAGAUUUGCCAUCAGAUCCCAGAUCAGUGGAAACUCUACUAUUGGGUCAAAAUACUGAAAUGUGCAUGCUUUUCAAUAGUGUUUUCUAUGCUUGGUAGACACGACACAGACAAGCAUUUGUACAAUAAGUUCUACUGAAUGUGAAUGCUUGUUUUCUAAAAUGCAUGUCUGUGUAUUUGUAGAGGACUUCCCGUAAGCCUCCAGUCAGAUUGUCAUGUCUGAAACCAGCAGCCAAGCUUUACACCCUAAACCACACAGUGCAGUUAGAGACAGACAACUUCCUGUGGCUUGGUCAAUAAAAACAGCCAUUUCAUGGUGGGAUAGAAACGUUAAAAUAAAGAGAACUGAAAGUUACCGCUCUACGUUCAGCGUUGCGUGGGUCAGCCCAGUUCAGAUUCUGUCUCUAGAGCCUUCUCUAAGAUCCUACCGGUUUGAUAUGCAUAAAUGGGAAAGGAUAGGUUAAAUACUAUGAUGUGUUUAUUUGGCCUAUGAAGGUUUAUACCAUACACACUUUGACUUACACACUUUAGGCCUGGUUGUCCACUGGCAGCACAGUAACAGUAGCAGAUGCCGGGGACAGUCUUGCCUUGCUGGUUUGUGACAGAGAGCACCAACUGGAUGUGCUGCGGGUAAGGCCCAAUGUCCAGGAUGGCAUGUAGGCCACUUUCAUGUAGUUGACUGCACGCUGGAACAAAAAAGGCAUGGAUUAGCAUAUCAAGUGUUUAAAAUGUAACUGUCUUCUCUUGCUAAGGUAACUUCUGUGGGAACGUAUCCAAGCUUACCUGUGUGAACAACAGCUGUGUUCUCCCUCUCCUACCCUCUCUCUCUUUCCUUCCCUCUUUCAGACAAGGUGGAGCUAUACAUAUUGCUUAUAGUUGGUAGGUGCUCUUUCUGGACCGGACCUUGUUCUCUCAUACUCUCUCCUUUUUCCCCUUUUUGUUUUCUGUUCAGUAUGACCUUUAAAUCUCCACAAUAAUGGAAAGAUACCCGACAGCACAACAGAGAAACUAUUGAAUAUGCAUAUACAGUGGGGAGAACAAGUAUUUGAUACACUGCCGAUUUUGCAGGUUUUCCUACUUACAAAGCAUGUAGAGGUCUGUAAUUUUUAUCAUAGGUACACUUGAACUGUGAGAGACGGAAUCUAAAACAAAAAUCCAGAAAAUCACAUUGCAUGAUUUUUAAGUAAUUCAUUUGCAUUUUAUUGCAUGACAUAAGUAUUUGAUCACCUACCAACCAGUAAGAAUUCCGGCUCUCACAUACCUGUUAGUUUUUCUUUAAGAAGCCCUCCUGUUCUCCACUCAUUACCUGUAUUAACUGCACCUGUUUGAACUUGUUACCUGUAUAAAAGACACCUGUCCACACACUCAAUCAAACAGACUCCAACCUCUCCACAAAGGCCAAGAUCAAAGAGCUGUGUAAGGACAUCAGGGAUAAAAUUGUAGACCUGCACAAGGCUGGGAUGGGCUACAGGACAAUAGGCAAGCAGCUUGGUGAGAAGGCAACAACUGUUGGCGCAAUUAUUAGAAAAUGGAAGAAGUUCAAGAUGACGGUCAAUCACCCUCGGUCUGGGGCUCCAUGCAAGAUCUCACCUCGUGGGGCAUCAAUGAUAAUGAGGAAGGUGAGGGAUCACCCCAGAACUACACGGCAGGACCUGGUCAAUGACCUGAAGAGAGCUGGGACCACAGUCUCAAAGAAAACCAUUAGUAACACACUACGCCGUCAUGGAUUAAAAUCCUGCAGCACACCAAGGUCCCCCUGCUCAAGCCAGCGCAUGUCCAGGCCCGUCUGAAGUUUGCCAAUGACCAUCUGGAUGAUCCAGAGGAGGAAUGGGAGAAGGUCAUGUGGUCUGAUGAGACAAAAAUAUAGCUUUUUGGUCUAAACUCCACUCGCCGUGUUUGGAGGAAGAAGAAGGAUGAGUACAACCCCAAGAACACCAUCCCAACCGUGAAGCAUGGAGGUGGAAACAUCAUUCUUUGGGGAUGCUUUUCUGCAAAGGGGACAGGACGACUGCACCGUAUUGAGGGGAGGAUGGAUGGGGCCAUGUAUCGUGACAUCUUGGCCAACAACCUCCUUCCCUCAGUAAGAGCAUUGAAGAUGGGUCGUGGCUGGGUCUUCCAGCAUGACAACGACCCGAAACACACAGCCAGGGCAACUAAGGAGUGGCUCUGUAAGAAGCAUCUCAAGGUCCUGGAGUGGCCUAGCCAGUCUCCAGACCUGAACCCAAUAGAACAUCUUUGGAGGGAGCUGAAAGUCCGUAUUGCCCAGCGACAGCCCCGAAACCUGAAGGAUCUGGAGAAGGUCUGUAUGGAGGAGUGGGCCAAAAUCCCUGCUGCAGUGUGUGCAAACCUGGUCAAGACCUACAGGAAACGUAUGAUCUCUGUAAUUGCAAACAAAGGUUUCUGUACCAAAUAUUAAGUUCUGCUUUUCUGAUGUAUCAAAUACUUAUGUCAUGCAAUAAAAUGCAAAUUAAUUACUUAAAAAUCAUACAAUGUGAUUUUCUGGAUUUUUGUUUUAGAUUCCGUCUCUCACAGUUGAAGUGUACCUAUGAUAAAAAUUACAGACCUCUACAUGCUUUGUAAGUAGGAAAACCUGCAAAAUCGGCAGUGUAUCAAAUACUUGUUCUCCCCACUGUAAAUCUCACAACCCUCCCUGUCUAUCUCCCUCUAUCCCUCCCUCUCUCAGACAGUAGUGAAGAGGGUGUCUCCUGCUCUGACUCUGGGUCGCCCCGGGCCCCUGGAGCCCUUGUCCCCGUCCCUUCGGGCCCACACCCUGCUGUGGUUCGAGAGGACACAGCUCCCCCGCCUGCGUCGGCCUGGCCGCCCCAUGCCCCACUGGCUACACGGGUUCGCCACGCGCAGGUCUGUCUGUCAGACUGCUAGCACACACAGAAACAUAUACUGGUAUACAUAUUAUCUGCAAUAGAAAAAAAGAAACAUGGCGCAUGCAGGGAAACAAGUGCAAAUGCAAAAAGACCACAGACACACAUGCACACACGUACAAUCAAACACACAUAAAACGCACACAUGCACACACACACACACACGACCACAGAUGAUACGACACAUACAAAGGGAUACACAUACUCAUCUUGACCAUUCCCACUUUGAAAGCCUCAGAUGGCUCAAAGUGGAGGAGAGAUUCUCUUAGAUUUAAAUUGUGUCUUGUAUAUAAGAUUGUCCACAGUAUGGUCCCCAAGUACCUAUGUAAUUAUACUGAACGAAAAUAUAAACGCUACAUGCAACAAUUUCAAAGAUUUUGAUGAGUUACAGUUCAUAAAAGGAAAUAAGUCAAUUGAAACACAUUCAUUAGGCCCUAAUCUAUGGAUUUCACAUGACUGGGUAGGGGCGCAUCCAAUCCAAUCAGAAUGAGUUUUUCCCCACAAAAGGGCUUUAUUACAGACAGAAAUACUCCUCAGUUUCAUCAGUUGUCCGGGUGGCGGGUCUCAGAUGAUCCCACAGAUGAAGAAGCCGGAUGUGGAGGUCCUUGGCUGGCGUGGUUACAUGUGGUCUGCGGUUGUGAGGCCGGUUGGACUUACUGGCAAAUUCUCUAAAACGACAUUGGAGGCGACUUAUGAUAGACAAAUGAAAAUGGAAUUCUCUGGCAACAGCUCUGGUGGACAUUCCUGCAGUCAUCACGAUAAUUGUGGCAUUGUGUUGUGUGACAAAACUGCAUAUUUUGUGGCCUUUUAUUGAUCCCAGCACAAGGUGCACCUGUGUAAUGAUCAUGCUGUUUAAUCAGCUUCUUGAUAUGCCACACCUGUCAGGUGGAUGGAUUAUCUUGACAAAGGAUAAAAUGCUCCCAACCUGGGAUGUAAACAAAUUUGUGCACAAACUUUGAGAGAGUUAAGCUUUUUGUGCGUAUGGAAAAUGUAAGGGAUCUUUUAUUUCAGCUCAUGAAACAUGGGACCAACACUUUACAUGUUGCAUUUAUAUUUUUGUUCAGUGUACUUUAACUUGGUCAGGGAUAACCAUAACUAUUCCACUAGAAGAAGUGAAACUGACUUUGUUCCUUUCAGAUUUAAGAGUGGUAUGGGAGGGAAACCUGUUUGUACUCAGCUGCCAUUCUUUGGAAUAGUCUUCCAAAGACCUUGAAAUUCAUAACCUCCAUGAUCGGUUCUCACUGAAAAUAUUGCUAAAUAGUAGCAUGUCUCUAAAGUGAGCAGUAGGCCUACAGAACGUGGGUGAGAUAAAAAAAUUUUUUUAAAGUAUAAUAUAUUCAAUAUCAAACAGGGCAUAUUCAUAUUCACACACACACACACACACACACAUUUCUCACUUAGAGAAACAGGUGUACAUGCCAUUGAACCCAAAUCUGGGACUGUGCAGAAUUCUCUAAAACAAGCAUUUUGUACCUCCUUGUUUCGGGCCAUUUGGUACCGUUUUGUGUCUAGUGAAUACGAUCCAGGUUUGAAGAACACUGUUCGAAAGCUAUUUUGUUGCCUUACAACCUGGAAUUAAAAUGGAUUUUUGUGGGGUUUGUAUCAUUUGAUUUACACAACAUGCCUACGACUUUGAAGAUGCAAAAUAUUUUUUUGUGUGAAAAAAACAAGAAAUAAGACAAAAAAUAGAAAACUUGAGUGUGCAUAACUAUUCACCCCCCCAAAGUCAAUACUUUGUAGAGCCACCUUUUGCAGCAAUUACAGUUGCAAGUCUCUUGGGGUAUGUCUCUAUAAGCUUGGCACAUCUAGCCACUGGGAUUUUUGCCCAUUCUUCAAGGCAAAACUGCUCCAGCUCCUUCAAGUUGGAUGGGUUCCGCUGGUGUACAGCAAUCUUUAAGUCAUACCACAGACUCUCAAUUGAAUUGAGGUCUGGGCUUUGACUAGGCCAUUCCAAUACAUUUAAAUGUUUCCCCUUAAACCACUAGAGUGUUGCUUUAGCAGUAUGUUUAGGGUCAUUGUCCUGCUGGAAUGUGAACCUCCGUCCCUGUCUCAAAUCUCUGGAAGACUGAAACAGGUUUCCCUCAAUAAUUUCCCUGUAUUUAGCGCCAUCCAUUCUUCAAUUCUGACCAGUUUCCCAGUCCCUGCCGAUGAAAAACCUGCUUGCUUGGUGGUGCCCCUUGCUUAGUGGUGUUGCAGACUCUGGGGCCUUUCAGAACAGGUGUAUAUAUACUGAGAUCAUGUGACACUUAGAUUGCACACAGGUGGACUUUAUUUAACUAAUUAUGUGACUUCUGAAGAUAAUUGGUUGCACCAGAUCUUAUUUAGGGGCUUCAUAGCAAAGGGGGUGAAUACAUAUGCACGCACCACUUUUCAGUUAUUUAUUUUUUAGAAUUUUUUGAAACAAGUUAUUUUUUUCAUUUCACUUCACCAAUUUGGACUAUUUUGUGUAUGUCCAUUCCAUGAAAUCCAAAUAAAAAUCAAUUUAAAUUACAGGUUGUAAUGCAACAAAAUAGGAAAAAUGCCAAGGGGGCUGAAUACUUUUGCAAGGCACUGUAAAGUGUAAUAUUGGGAUGCAAACCAAAAAUAUAUAAAUUUCAACUCUAUAUCUGACAUGGUACAGGUGUCUUUUUUUAAGCCCAUAACCAUGUGAGGUGUAUACUUUUGUUUCAAAGUAGAUUUGUUAAAGACUAUCAAGAAUCACUGUGUGACCCUGAUUUAGCCCACUGCAGUAGAAGUUUAACUUCUUGUUGAAAGUUAUUCUUGGAAAGGGAGAAUCUAACAAAUUAGCAAUUUUGAAUACUUUUGCAAGGCACUGUAUUCGGACCAAGCAUAACUUGGCUUUUACUCAGCACCAGAGGGGACCAAAUAAGGAGUGACACACACACAUCAUGAGUCAAAGCAAAGACACAUAAUUGUACACACAUACGUGCUGUGUUUGUACAGCUUAUGCAGUCUGAAUUGUUCUCACUUUUCUCUCUGUGUGUGUGUGUGUGUGUGUCGUUCUCUCUCUUGACUGUUUGGAUAGGGAGGCAGAGGAGCUUCUAAAGGACAAGCAGCAGGGCUGUUUUCUGCUCAGGCUCAGCGAGUCAAAGAUUGGUUUUGUACUCUCGUACAGGUAAAGUCACAACAGACCGCACACAUACACACACACACCUAAAGACAUUUUUAGACAGACACUUUUCCCCCCAGAGGAAUGGAUAGGUGCCGCCAUUUCAUCAUAGAGGAGGAAGAGGGUGGCAGAGGGUCGUGUUACCUCAUCGCUGGGGAGGAGAGUCGCCAUAAAAGCCUGCAGGAGCUGGUCAGCUACUACACCCAGUAUCCUGUGGGGCCCUUCAAUGAGAUUCUCACCAUACCCUUUGACGAGGUGCCGAGUACAUAUUCCACACCAUGCCUCCUUCAUAAACCAAAGGGAAAUAGUCAUUGGCACCACCUAAACAUCUAACAAACGUACAUUUUGUGGCAAACUAUCCUUUUAGGUAAACUCAACUGCAACAGUUUGUUUCUCAAUCUCUCUCUCUCUCAGUCCAGUGAAGCUUGUGAGGGUACAGUUAAACUGGGGUUGCAGGAUGAAGGUGGAGAGAAGACGGAAGCGUCAUCAUCUGCACCCUCGGCUCCUGCCACUGUCCAAGUCCAAGAGAUAUUGGCCAGCUCAGCCCCUACGAACGACAGAACGCCAGAGUAUGCUGUGGUGAAGAAGGUGCUAAAAAAGUCCCGUUCUCUACCAGAAAACCAGCUUGGGGAACUGUUGGAGGUGAGGAACUAUUCUCACUUUAACAUUUGUAAGUUAAACAAACCUGCAAAAAAAGUCAAUGCUGUUAAUGGAUUUACAGACUACAUGACAAAACAAAUUCCAGGUGACAAAUCUGAUCCUCCCCCAAGAUGUGGCAAAACCUGGCGUUAGCUGUGCAGGAGCAUUUGGGGGGGGAGAUGACGCCUCCGACGCACUGUACGCCCGGGUGAACAAGCCACCAAGCAUGCUUUCCCAGACAGACACAUCUCCCUACGUCAAUGUGUGCAACCCUCCAGGCCAGAAGGGGGUGACAGCGUCCUCCGUCCCCCUCAUGUGCCGUGGCUCGGUGGGGGACCCAGUCUACUGGAAGCUGGAUCCCCUGCACACCUACGAGGAAACCCCUCAUCUGGUUCAACGUGAAGAAGAAGAAGAGGCAAAGGAACACAUUGACUUUCACGCCAUGGGGCGCUGGCGGGAUGCCGAGAGGAGUGCUGGUGGGCGAGGUGAAAGACAAGACUAGCUACAAAAAACAAGCUACCUGAAAUUACACAAUACACAUUUUUGCAUUAAAGUUUUAGCUGCUCCUUAGUUUUGUGUUCUAUUUAUACAGCCCCAUUGAGCACUUUUUUUUUUCAUGCCUAGAAUGAACAUAUGACUGUAUACAUGUAUUACAAUAUAUCCGCUCUCCUUUGCAGACCCCCAGCAUCACCUCUACUCAGAGGUAAACCUAAGAACAAGAGAGGCCCCCAGUCACACCCCCCUUCCAGCCAGGACAGCCCCCAACCGGCCUUUACGACUGCCUCCCAGGCCCGUUAACUGCCCCCCUCAACAGGACGGAAGUGUGCAGGUAUUGGAACACCAAACAUAUUUUGUUGUGCAUAUAUUAUCUACUCCAGGGGUGUCAAACUCAUUCCAUGGAGGGCCUAGUGUCUGCAGGUUUUUGUUUUUUUCCUUUAAAUUAAGGACCUAGACAACCAGGGAAAGGGAGUUCUUUAUUAAUUAGUGAUCUUAAUUCAUCACUCAAGUACACGGUAAUGAAACCCCGCAGACACUCGGCCCUCAGUUUGACAUGAGAUCUACACCAUUUUGGUAAGGAGGUUGGCAAUAAAGAAAAUUAUUAGCUAAUGGAAUUCUAAAUAACUGAUGUUAAAUCAGGCUUUUUCAAUAAUUGAGUAAAAAUUACAUAUUGGUAGAUAGGUCGUUUGAAAAUAUUAGAUAAAAAAAUACAUAUUUUAUAUAAAAGUACUUUGAUAAGAUGUUUCAUUUUUUACACCCAUAUUUUUUCCCAUACAUUUUUCUAGCGAUGUGGAGAUCCCAUCUUGUUGUCCUCUUCCCCAUCCCGACCUGGGGUCUUUCUGACACCUUGUUCAGAACGACCUUUGACCGAAAACCCGGGCACCAGCAUCUACGAACAGAUCCCAAAGAGGCCAACCAGCUCAAGGCCUCCACUGCCUCCACCCAACCCUAAACCC